GCUGCCAGUCGCUCUCCGGUGCUCUUUGAACGCACCACAGAAGCCACUCUUUCCUUCGUUGUUUCUUUUUGGCUUUUUCAAAGCUUCCUCUUUAAACUACUCAAAUCGGUGGAAACCUUGUGCCGUCAAAGUGCUCAUUUUUAGUAUUUUCGAAGCGAUGAGUGGUUGGAACUUGAAGCCGGCUCAGAGGGCGAGUCGUGCGGGGUUUUGCUAACCGGGGAAGCCGCCUCUUGUGGUGUGGCCGCAAUCAUGAAGUCCAGACGGGAUAAACUGAAGAUCCCUUCUUUGACUCUGGAUUUAUCACCCACUUGUCAGAGCCCCACCCUCCUGAGCCCCUGCAGCCCCUGCAGCCCCUGCAGUCCCUUGCAAACCCUUCACCCCUGGAGCUGUCGCAGCAGCAACAGGAAGAGCCUCUGUGUUGGAACGCCAUCACCCACUCUGUCCCGACCACUCUCCCCACUCUCAGUCCAUACAGCUGCAAGCAGCCCCCUGGACAGUCCUCGGAAUGCAUCGACUAGUGCCUGCCUCAACUUUCCAUUUGCCCGAAGUCACUUGGCUCGUGCGGACAGAGCCGAGGGCCGACGAUGGUCCCUGGCGUCCCUGCCCUCGUCGGGCUAUGGAACCAACCCGCCCAGCUCCACUGUUUCAUCUUCCUCCUCCUCCCAAGAGCGCCUUCAUCAGCUUCCCUACCAGCCGACGCAAGACGAGCUGCACUUCCUUUUCAAACACUUCCGCAGCACUGACAGUAUAACCGACGAGGAUGGGCGGCCCGCCACCGUCAUACGACCUCGCUCUCGGAGCCUCAGCCCCGGUCGAUCAAGCGUCUCCUUUGACAAUGAGAUAGUCAUGAUGAACCAUGUUUACAGAGAGCGGUUUCCAAAGGCCACAGCCCAGAUGGAGGAGCGCUUGUUGGAAAUUGUCACCCACUGUUCUCCAGACAGCUCCCUCCCGCUGGCCGACGGGGUGCUGGGCUUCAUCCAGCACCAGUUGGUGGAGCUGGUCCGUGACUGUUUGGAGAAGUCCCAGAAAGGCCUGGUUACGUCCCGCUACUUCGCCGAGCUGCAGGAGAAGUUGGAGAAGCUGCUUCACGAGGCUUACGAGCGCUCGGAAAGCGAGGAGGUGACUGUCAUCAUCCAGCUGGUGAGGAAGAUCCUCAUCGUAAUCUCUCGGCCCGCCCGCCUCCUCGAGUGUCUGGAGUUUGAUCCAGAAGAGUUCUACCACCUGCUUGAAGCAGCAGAAGGUCACGCCAAAGUCGGCCAGGGAAUCAAAUCGGACAUCCCUCGAUACAUCAUAAACCAGCUGGGCCUGACGAGAGACCUUUUAGAAGACAUGGUGCACCUUGACCAGUAUGAUUACAGUCCCUCUGUGUCCACGGAGCCGGACGUGGAAAAUAAAACCCCCCAGGCGGUGACCCCAACACGGCGGAAACCUUUAGAGAGUGAUUUUGAGACCAUUAAACUCAUCAGUAACGGGGCCUACGGGGCCGUGUAUCUGGUCCGCCACAAGGAGACCCGCCAGCGCUUUGCCAUGAAGAAGAUAAACCGUCAGAACCUGGUCCUGAGGAACCAAAUCCAGCAGGCGUUUGUGGAGAGAGACAUUUUGACUUUUGCCGAGAACCCCUUCGUCGUGUCCAUGUUUUGUUCUUUCGAGACGAGACGUCACCUCUGCAUGGUCAUGGAGUAUGUGGAAGGUGGAGAUUGUGCCAACCUAUUGAAGAACAUGGGUCCACUACCUGUGGAAAUGACAAGGAUGUACUUUGCUGAAACCGUCCUGGCUCUGGAGUACCUUCACAAUUAUGGCAUAGUACACCGAGAUCUAAAACCCGACAAUUUGCUGAUCACAUCCAUGGGUCACAUCAAGCUGACAGACUUUGGCCUGUCAAAAAUCGGCCUGAUGAACAUGACCACCAACCUCUACGAGGGUCACAUCGAGAAAGACACCAGAGAGUUUGUUGACAAGCAGGUGUGUGGCACUCCAGAGUACAUCGCCCCGGAGGUGAUUCUCAGGCAGGGAUAUGGAAAGCCCGUAGACUGGUGGGCCAUGGGGAUCAUCCUCUACGAGUUCUUGGUGGGAUGUGUUCCGUUUUUCGGCGACACUCCAGAGGAGCUGUUUGGCCAGGUGGUCAGCGAUGAAAUCAUUUGGCCUGAAGGAGACGACGCCCUCCCAACUGAUGCCCAGGACAUGAUCACCCAUCUGCUGAGGCAAAGCCCCCUGGAGAGACUAGGAACUGGCGGCGCCUCCGAGGUCAAACAACACGCCUUCUUUGCGGAUUUGGACUGGAACGGACUGUUACGACAGAAAGCUGAAUUCAUCCCUCAGCUCGACGCCGAGGACGAUACCAGCUAUUUUGACACUCGAUCAGAGCGUUAUCAUCAUAUGGCAUCCGACGAGGACGAGGAAACCAAUGAUGAAGAGUCUUCCCUGGAAAUAAGGCAGUUUGCUUCCUGGUCGCAUCGUUUCAGCAAGGUUUACAGCAGCACAGAACACCUGGCAACGCCGUCCAACCUGAGCUUCUCUUCCGACCGCAGCCACAGCGAGGACAAAGAGGAGCGCGGGGAGGUCGGAGGGCACAGCCCCUCUGCAGGCCCAGCGGAGGGCGUUCUUGAGCCCCGGCUUCCUGGGCGCAUGGCCAGCCUUUGCCCCCGACUGUCACCCAGCUCCUCCCAGUCUGAAAGGAGCAGCAGCCCCCUGGUGAUGAGCAGCACUCACAGCUUGGAGAUGAUGCCCCGCUUUGCCGUCUCCACGGACGACGAGGCCGAGGUGGUCGUUUCCAAACUGCGGCGAAUCAGGAUACGCAGCAACAGCACCGGGGCCAAACACUCCUCCCCCAAAGAGCCGGCUGGCCCCCGACGCUUUGGUAACCAGCUGGAGACCCCAGACAAACAGAGGCUGCCCUGUGGAGGAAAGGUUCCCAAGUCUGCCUCCGUCUCAGCUCUGUCUCUCAUCAUUACCACAGAUGACUCCCCUAUUGGCCUCCAGGCCAGUCCGAUCUCCCCACGUUCACUGUCCUCCAACCCCUCCUCUCGGGACUCCUCCCCCAGCCGCGACCUGUCCCUCAGUCCCGGUAGCUUCAAGCCGCCCAUCAUCAUCCACACGUCCGGCAAGAAGUAUGGCUUCACGGUGCAGGCCAUCCGCGUCUACAUGGGCGACAGCGACGUCUACACGGUGCAUCACAUGGUGUCGAGUGUGGACGAAGGCAGCCCAGCCUACCAGGCAGGGCUUCGCACCGGGGACCUGAUCACUCAUGUGAACGGGGAGUCCGUGCAAGGCCUGGUUCACACCGAGAUGAUUGAGCUCCUGUUGAAGAGUGGCAGCAAGGUGGCGCUCCAGACCAUCGCCCUGGAGAACACGUCCAUCAAAGUCGGUCCGGCUCGAAAGACGAAACACAAAGGCAAGAUGGCUCGCCGCAGCAAGAAGAGCCGGAGGAGGGAUAACUACGAUAGGAGACGCAGCAUCUUGAAGAAGCUCUCCAAGCAGAGCACGGUCAUGCACAGCAGUCGUAGCUUCUCGUCGGGGCUCCACCAUUCGGUUUCCUCCAGCGAGAGUCUUCCAGGAUCGCCGACGCACAGCCUCUCCCCCGGACCCUCCACCCCCUGCCGAAGCCCCGCGCCGGACCAUCAGGUCUUUGAUAAUAAUUCUCCUCAGAGCACGUCUCCUUGCUCCAGUUCUCCCAGUUCCCCCGCGGCCCACAUCCGCCCCAGCUCCCUCCACGGCUUGGGCUCCAAGCUCAGCACUCAGCGCUACACCAAAGUCGGGCGGCGGAAGUCGACCAGCAACAUCCCGCCUUCGCCUCUCGCCUGCUCCUCGUCGUCCUCGGCACAGCCGCUUUCUCCACAGCGCUCGCCCUCGCCGCUGCCGGGCUUCGCCAAGACGCUCCACUUCCACGGCAAAACCCUGUCGCCGCCGACGAUCGUCAGACACGUCGUGCGGCCUCGCAGCGCCGAGCCGCCUCGGUCGCCGCUCCUCAAGAGAGUCCAGUCGGCGGAGAAGCUGUCUGGGAUUUACCACGCCGAUAAGAAGUCGUACACCCCCCGCAGGCACACCCUGGAAGUGCCGUUUUACGGCGAAGGGGAUCUGCUCGUCGACUUUGAAGCCGAGGGGGCCGUGUCGGGGUCCCAUUUCGGGGUUGACCACAGCCGUCUGGGGAGCUACUUGGGUGCCCAGAGGCUGUGGGACUCGGGGCUGGAGCGCUCCGAGCAGCUCGUGGUGAUGCGGAAGCUCAACCUCUCCGAGCGCAGGGACUCCUUCAAAAAGCAGGAGGCGGUGCAGGAAGUGAGCUUCGACGAACCGGAGGAGAAGGGGGGCGGGGGCGGCGGCGCCCCCAGCGGCGGGGGCGGCGGCGGCCACAGCGCCCGACACCAGCUGCAGCACAGGACGGCUUUCGCUGGAACCCAAAACAGCGAGGAAUCGGAUCCGCCGGGACCCAUCGUGAGGAGGUUCACCCUGGUGCCCCAGAUUGCCGUGCAGGGCUCGACGGAGAGCGAGGAGCAGGACGAGUGGGAGCCGUGCUCCGACGGGGAGGAGUCCCAACAGGAGCUUACGGUCAUGUCAUCACAUCAGCAGCAGGCGGAGCCCCUUCACAAUAAAAGCCGCAAUCAGGAAGAAGCCACUUCCGCUGAAAUCGGACCUUCAGCAGAGAAGCCCGAGUGCAGACAGGAGAUGAAGGAGAUGAAGGAGGUGAAGGAGGUGAAAAAGUGACGACUGGUCUCACUCGGAGGGAGGAGGAAGACUCUUGAGAUUUUACUUGAAUUUUUUGUAUUGUAAAUAUUAGCAUAUUAGCUUUUGUUGGAGCUGCUGCUCGUAUUUAUUACCGUUCUAAAGCUCCACGCACUAAAGUGGAGAAGAAGGAAGUUCUUGUUGGUUGAACAGCCAAGGCUCAACUUUUUUUGUAUCCAUAAAAUGUGCUUUUUGCCUUUUUUUUUUUUUUUUUUUUUAAUAAAUGUAUAUUUUUAAAUAAAUCGCUGUGGUACAAAAUAGUUUGAUAAAGCUGGGAAUUGUUACUGGACCAAAAUGUUUUUAUUCCCCACGUUUAGCUUCCAUUAGAUGUUGAUGUCCAGAAUCCUUCAUCUGUAAUUUCAGGUUUCAUGUCUUUUUUUUUUUUUUAGAGGGCUGCACGGUGGUCGAGUGGUUAGCACGCAGACCCGAGUUCAAUUCCACCCUCGGCCAUUUCUGUGUGGAGUUUGCAUGUUCUCCCCGUGGGUUUUCUCCGGGUACUCCGGUUUCCUCCCACAUUCCAAAAACAUGCUAGGCUAAUUAGCGACUCCAAAAAUUAUCCAUAGGUAUGAAUGUGAGUGUGAAUGGUUGUUUGUCUAUAUGUGCCCUGUGAUUGGCUGGCCACCAGUCCAGGGUGUACCCCGCCUCUCUCGCCCGAAAACAGCUGGGAUAGGCUCCAGCACCCCCACAACAGUAUCACUCGGAUACUGUGAACAUCCAGCAGCAACACAACAUUUUGGCAUGACUACUAUUUUGAUGAAAAAUAUACUGAACCAGGGCUGCACAGCUGGGAUAGGCUCCAGCACCCCUGCGACCCUUGUGAGGAAAAGCGGUAGAAAAUGAAUGAAUUGAGUUCUCCUAUUUUGUGUGGAAGUGGUAACUUUUUGGCUUUUUAUUUCUUCUUUCCCCAUGCGUUCUCCCUGUGCAUGCGUGGGUUUUUUUCCGGGUACUCCAGUUUCCUCCCACAUUCCAAAAACAUGCACCCCCACGACAAUAUCUCUGAACAUCCAGCAGCAACACGACAUUUUGGCAUGACUACUAUUGUGAUGAAAAAUAUACUGAACCAGGGCUGCACAGCUGGGAUAGGCUCCAGCACCCCUGCGACCCUCGUGAGGAAAAGCGGUAGAAAAUGAAUGAAUUGAGUUCUCCUAUUUUGUGUGGAAGUGGUAACUUUUUGGCUUUUUAUUUCUUCUUUCCCCAUGCGUUCUCCCUGUGCAUGCGUGGGUUUUUUUUCCGGGUACUCCAGUUUCCUCCCACAUUCCAAAAACAUGCACCCCCACGACAAUAUCUCUGAACAUCCAGCAGCAACACGACAUUUUGGCAUGACUACUAUUUUGAUGAAAAAUAUACUGAACCAGGGCUGCACAGCUGGGAUAGGCUCCAGCACCCCUGCGACCCUUGUGAGGAAAAGCGGUAGAAAAUGAAUGAAUUAAUGAGUUCUCCUAUUUUGUGUGGAAGUGGUAACUUUUUGGCUUCUUAUUUUGUCUUUCCCCACCAUCGGCCAUCUCUGUGUGGAGUUUGCAUGUUCUCCCCGUGCAUGCGUGGGUUUUCUCCGGGUACUCCGGUUUCCUCCCACAUUCCAAAAAAAAACAUGCUAGGUUAAUUAGCGACUCCAAAAAUUAUCCAUAGGUAUGAAUGUGAGUGUGAAUGGUUGUUUGUCUAUAUGUGCCCUGUGAUUGGCUGGCUGGCGACCAGUCCAGGGUAUACCUGUAUACUCCUCUCUCGCCUGAAAACAGCUGGGAUAGGCUCCAGCAAAAUUUUUUUUGCUUUGGAUUCCAUAAACGCAACACAAAGACAUUAUUAUAGGCUGCAGAAUAGAAUUGCUCAUAUACGGAUUCGUGCUCACGACAGUUUUUUUAUGUGAAUGAAUGCAAAGUCACAGCAAAAUCUGCAUAUCUUCAGAGGUUAGGAUCAUCUUUUUUUUGGAUUUUGGAUGUUCUUAUGUUCUGAUGUGCUCCAUAAAAAGCCAAAAAUGGAGGUUCUUUGCAACUUGUAUUUUACAUAAUAUUCGUAAUAAAUGAUAUUUUGUAUGUUUAUUCUCAUACAAGCUUGUAUAUGUGUGCGUGUUACUUAGCAUUAACAGUGUCGGGAUGUUUACAAUGGAGUACACAAAUAUAUUUUGUACCACUAAAUAUGGAAAAUGUGUGUGUG